CCCCAUUCCCCGCGCCCCCGCCCGCCUUCCAUCGCCCCAUCGCAACCAUGGUGAUGAUUCGUGAGUUCCGCAUCCCGGUGCCCAUUUCCCUUGACAACUAUGACAUCGCGCAGCUCUUCUGCGUGGCCGAGAUGUCCAAGGAGGAGACCUCCGGCGAUGCCGGUGUCGAGAUCCUGAAGAACGAGCCCUAUGACGAUCCCGUCCUCGGCAAGGGCCAGUACACCCAGAAGAUCUACCACCUCGGCACUCGUGUGCCCAAGUAUGUCCAGGUCCUGGCUCCGGCCAGCUCGCUCAUCCUGAUUGAGGACGCCUGGAACGGCUUCCCCUACACCAAGACCGUCCUGAAGAACCCCUUCCUCGGGGAUCGCUUCGAGCUUACCAUCACCACCAUCCACGCGGCCGACAAGGGCCAUCAGGAGAAUGCCCACAACCUGAGUGGCAGCCGGCUGAAGAACCGCGUUGUCGACUACAUCAACAUCGUCACCGACAAGGUCGAGCCCGACUCGUAUGAUGCCGCGUCCGAUCCCUCGCUCGUCGGCUGCGAGCGUGCCAACAUUUCCCCCCUGAAGCCCGACUGGCUGGAGACCCUGGCCGAUGAUGCGGAGGUCGUCACCGCCUACAAGCUGGUCGAGAUGAAGUUCAACGUCUUCGGCCUGGAGACCAAGGUUCAGAACUACAUGAUCAACUUCCAGCGCAACAUGCUUCUCCAGUUCAACCGCAAGAUCUUCUGCUACAUGGACCGCUGGCUCGGCAUGAGCAAGGAGGACGUCCGCGCCUUCGAGGACCAGAUCAAGCGCGAGCUGGACCAGGCCAAGCUCGAGCGCGAGGAGCUGUCCAAGCAGGGCAAGUCCUCCAAGAAGUCCUCCAAGAAGGACAAGGAGCCGGCCACCGCGGCCGCCGAGGCCGACGACGCGGCUGCCGAGGCCGCUGCUUCGGCCUUCCGUGCCGAGGCCGAGGCGUCCACCGUCCCCGCGUCCACCUGAGAGCAUGGCACAUGCCUUUUCUAGAGAGCUGCGCCUCCUUCCUGGUGUGCCUCUCUCUCCCCUCCUCCUCUUCUUCCUCCUCCUCCUUGAUAGCUCCCCCGCCCUGCCCCCCCCCCCCCCCUCGCCCAUGCCAGGGCGCUCCCUUUUCCCCGAAGAGAGGGCCAGGAGGAGAAGAUGGCAGGGUGAUGCGGCUCCUCCUCCCGCGGACCCCCCUCCCCCCGACUUAGGCUCGAGGGCGAGAGGGCACGCACCGAUGGGGCCCAGGCAUCGGGGGCACAUGACCCUUGGCCAUGGCCAUCACUGCCUCCCACCACGCGCCAUGUGCACAUGACGCCAGGUGUCCCACUCUCCUCGAGCCCCCUCCUGCGCGCGCGCGCGUGUGCACUCUCCUGUGUGUCUACACGUUCGCGUGUUGCUGCGUGAGAAGCACCACUCCCUCCCCACCCUCUCCCCCUACCCUACCCCACGAGACAGACCAGUUCCUCGCUUCGAUGGAGGGAGUGCGCGGAGGCCCCUCCAAACACAUCAUAAUACACUCGAA